AGGCCUGCUCCAUUCUGGCACUGCCCGUCGUUCGGGCAGAUUCUCUCCGUCCAUCGUCUUACCUUCUCUCUACCGCUUUGUAGACAAAGAGACAGACAGAAUGUCCUCUGGACACUGGGCUGAAGAUUUAAAGCGGGACAUCCGUCGCAAGCAGCUGGAAUUGCUCAAGACCUCGGAGCCUUUCAAAGCAAAAGGAGCGCAGACGGGGGCUUGGAAGAGACCAUGGCAGGUGCUGUCGUACUAUCAUUGGAUGGAGAAGUGGAGCAAGAAAGCAGAAGCACAGAUCGGUGUCGGAAUUGCUAGAGGCGCGUGCGGAAGCGAAGCCAUUAACUGGACUGUCGCACUUUAUACCUGGAUGGAAUCUGCUGCCACAUACCUUCGGGACUGGCCAACGGUUCUGGGUGCAGUAGCAGCGGCGCGAGAAGAUCGAGAGGAAGAUGCUAUGAGGUUACUCGAGUGGUCAGAUGCAGAGAUCCAGAAGAUUGCUGUGUCAUGGGAUCCUGACAUGCACUACGUGACUAUAUGCGACCUUAUGCAGGAUGCUCCGGACUCAGAUCCUACACUGGACGGCCCAUUCUGUGGAGCCUUCUUUUCCUCAGACCCAAGGAACCCGUUUAUUGGAUUGGUGUUCAAGGGUACACACGUCGAAUCCUGGCAAGAAUUGCUUGUGGACCUGCACUACGUUCCAGUACAUGCCAAAGACGGUCAUGUAUGGGAGACUCAUGUCUCGCAGGGCGUAUAUGCUACGUUAUUCGAACCCUUCUCUACACUGGACGGGCAGACGCCUUUUGAGUAUAUCAAGCAUACGGCAUGCACUCUGAUCUCCGAGCGCAUGCAAGCCGCCGCAGAUGUGCCUGUGCGCUUACACCUGACCGGUCAUUCCCUGGGGGCGUCGUAUGCGUCGCUCUUUUACGCCGAGCUUCUACGCCUUUACAACAACGACCCUAUGUCUGCUCGCUCUGAUCCGCCUACCUGCGUUUUGCGCGACUUGUAUACCUUCGGCAGCCCUCGCUUUGGUCUGCUGGAUUUUGUGGAUAUGUUUUCGCUCGUUGCCGAGGAACAUACUGGUUAUUCCUGGCGAAUCAUUUGCCGUGACGACCCCGUUGGCCUCGUACCGCCCGUGCUCAUCACAGACCCCAAGUUCAUCCAUGUGGACAAGGCAUAUGAGGUCUCAGAAACAGAUGUCCCGAUUGAACUGCAAAGUGAGAGAAACAGCCAUCCUCGGCCCCCUCUGCGUGUCAUCAACAUGUCGCAUCAUAGUAAGUCGAAGUUGUUUCUGUAAAACUUGGCUGACGACUGCCACCCAUCAGCCCCUUGGGCAUACUUCGACGCACUUUACCACACUGCGACGCAUACGACGUAGGCUAUAUCAGGAGUAGUGACUAUAGAAUACCCUUAUUGAAUGGGAUUUUUGCCGAGGCAAGUACUUUGUGAUGCGAUGGAUGGAGGCUGUGAGGCUUUCCGAAUGCCCAAGUUGGAGGUAGAUCUACACCGGAUGCGUGUUAUCUUUGUACGGCCUCAACUUGUCCUCGUUCCAUGGCUGCCGCAAUUGGAUGCUGUGUAACUGCCUUGCGGGCAGACUCGAGGCUUGCAAGUGGCUGGUUAGUAAUCUGUUUCUGGCUCAUUGUCGGG